AUGAAGGGCCUGUUCUUCACCGUCGCUUUGGGCGCUGCUGUCGCCGUCAAUGCCUCAGAUGAUGGCAGCAACAACAAGAUGAAGCCUGAGGAUUUGAGCGCAAUCUUCAACGGUGAGGGCCAGGUUGACUGGUCUGCUUUCUCACCUGAGGCUCUGGGCAUGCACCUCAACUACGACGAGAUGAGCCAGCAGGAGCUCGACGCCGUCGUCGACGCUUUCAUCCGCCUGGGUCUCAUCUCCCCCGAGGAGCGCGACUCCUUCGCCGCCUCCCUGGUGGACCCCAUGAUGCGCAGCAUGCUCCAGACCGUGAACGAGAACUGGCCCGAGACCAUGCAGAAGAUCAUCAAGGACCCCGACUACCUCAAGUUCCUCAGCCAGUUCCAGAACAGCAUUGAUGAGGGCGCCCUGGCUACCAUCGUUGGUCUGAAGGAGGGACUGAGCGGCGCCAUCCGCCAGAAGGAGCAGCAGGAGGAGGGAUCUGCUGGCAACGGCGAGCAGUAG